GUGAGUUUUCUGAGUAAAUUAUUUCUUCUUUUUUCAAGUACAGUGAUCAAGUAUUCUUACGCAAGUUUUGAUCAGGUGACGCUGGAAGUUAUAAGCUGCAAGAUUUGGCUGACAAGUUGUUUGUGUUACUCCACGUAUUUUUUCAGCAGGAAUCAACUUUUCUGACGAUAGCGAGAUACAUGUGAUGACUUCUUCAAUCUUCAAGCUCCGCAAGUCUAAUCUUUAAUUGACGUUGUCUGUGUCUAUGGUCUAGCGAUGUUUCUUAUAAAAACAUGGUUGCUCCCCCGAUCCCCCAAUUUUCUUUCAUGUAUAUAAAAAAAAUCACCUUGCACAAUGUGAUUGAACUCCUAACAUAGUUAACUUCCCAAACCUAGACUUUCUAAGACAAUACAACACUAAUUCCCUUGGUACGUAACCUGCUGACCUUGACUUGCUUCCCCGGCCGGCAGGCCGGCAGCGACCGUGUUUCCGUUGCCUUGGUGCAAUGUGCUAGCAUCUACAAGACUUCGGAAAUUAACAGGAAAAACGUUGUGUAGUCUAUUGGAGGGAUUGUCCGUUAUAAAAGCCCCGUGCCUGUUCACUUGCAGUACAGGACUACAGGUGGUGGUGGGCUGGUGGCUUCUGCCUUGGCUAGCUAGAUCAACUGGUGAUGCUAGGAUUGACAAGCUGCUAGAUUCGGCUGAGCGGCUGUUUGUUUCACUCCUCGUUUGUGAUGGCUGAUAAUACCAAGUUCCUCCGUUUGUUUCUCCUCUUGAGCAGCUCACCACUGUGUUUUGGUACUGAACAAGAUAUCCGGUGCCUGAUGUCUGUACAAGGCUCAUUGGCUGAUCCGGGCGGUGUACUCAGAUCUUGGAACUUUGAAAAUGAAACCAACGGUUACAUAUGCCGCUUUACUGGUGUGGAAUGCUGGCACCCCGACGAGAACAAGAUUCUCUCUCUGCGACUAGGCAACCUGGGACUUCAAGGCCAAUUUCCUGUUGCUCUACAGAAUUGUUCAAGCCUGACCGGCUUGGACCUGUCAAAUAACAAUUUUUCAGGACCAAUCCCUCGGGACAUUUCACAGGUGAUGCCGUAUCUGACAUCUCUGGACCUUUCGUACAAUAGCUUUUCGGGUUCGAUCCCACAGAAUAUCUCAAAUAUGACAUAUCUGAAUAUCCUCAACCUUCAGCAUAACCAGCUCAGCGGUCAAAUUCCACCGCAAUUCACUUUGCUUACUCGGUUAACCGCAUUCAAUGUCGCGGACAACUUGUUAUCAGGGCCUAUUCCUUCUUUGCUACAAAACUAUUCGGCUUCGAACUUUGCUGGUAACCAAGGGCUUUGUGGUUCACCGUUGGAUGAUUGUCCCCCCUCGAGGAGGAGAUGGAGACCGGUACAAAUCAAGCUGCACAGGCUCAACGACCAGUCAAGCAUCGGAGUGGCCGUCGGAUUCGUGGUGGGGUUCGUGGUGGCCUUCUACUUCCCGCACUGCUUCGUCUGCUCCGAGAGGCUCCGAGCCUACGUCGUCCGCAUAUGAUUCACCUGUUAUUCUGAAACUUUGUCUAGUAUAGCUUCCGGAGGCCAAAUGAGCACUUUCCGGCAGUAAAUCUUUUUUAGCUUGUUGCCUGCAGUAAUGAUUAUCUUAAUUUAGUUGAUAGUAUGCCUGGCAAUUAGCAACUGCCGGUGCUUGUUAAUGCAUAUUUGAACUCUUCUACAAAGAUGCGAGGCAUCAACUGGCCAUGAUUAUUAUGUACCCUGUCCACAUUUCUAAAGGAACAAAAACAAGGCAGCUCUGGCUAGCCUAUGAACCUUUGCACUUCUGCA